AUGCAGAAGUCAGGCGAAAAGCCUCGAAAGGCCAUUGUCGUCGGUGCCGGCGCAGGUGGCGUCGCCAUUGCUGCGCGUCUUGCCAAGGCUGGCUACAAGGUGACUGUCCUCGAGAAGAAUGACUUCACUGGCGGCCGCUGCUCCCUCAUUCACCACGAGGGCUACCGCUUCGACCAAGGUCCCUCGCUCCUUCUGCUGCCCCAGCUCUUCCAUGAGACGUUCCGCGAUCUGGACACCACCAUUGCCGACUCGGGUGUCGACCUCCUCCGUUGCCAGGAUGUCAACUACAACGUCUGGUUCCACGACGGCGAGCUCUUCAAGCACUCGUCCGAUCUGGCGACCAUGAAGGUUGAAGUCGAGCGCUGGGAGGGCAAGGAAGGGUUUGCGCGCUACCUGAGCUGGAUGCGUGAGGCGCAUACCCACUACGAGGUGUCCGUGACCGACGUUCUUCAUCGCAACUUUACGUCCUUGUUCAACCUCGCGCGGCCAAGCUUGCUGAAACGUGUCGUCGCGCUUCACCCCCUCGAAAGCAUAUAUGCUCGCGCGAGCCGCUACUUCUGGACCGAGAGGCUCAGGCGUGUCUUUACCUUUGCCGUCAUGUACAUGGGCAUGUCCCCAUUCGAUGCGCCGGCCACCUAUUCUCUGCUCCAGUACACCGAGUUUGCCGAGGGCAUCUGGUAUCCCAGGGGAGGCUUCCACGCCAUCAUCGCGGCGCUCGUCCGCAUUGGAGAGCAGAUGGGCGUGGAAUACCGCCUCAACACGUCCGUUGCCAGCAUUUCUACCGCCGAGGAGAGCCACCGCGCGACUGGUGUCGUUCUCGAGUCGGGCGAGUCUCUGUCGGCGGAUGUCGUCGUCAUCAACGCCGACCUCGUCUACGCCUACAGCAACCUGAUGCCCAAGACGCCCAGCACCGUUGCAUACAGCCAGUCGCUGCAGAAGAAGGAGGCUUCCUGCAAAUACCGCGAGUCCUUUGAUGCCAUCUUCAAGCGCCACGGUCUCCCCGACCAGCCGAGCUUCUACGUCAAUGUGCCGAGCAGGAUCGAUCCGAGUGCGGCACCCGAGGACGGCGACGCCAUCAUUGUUCUCGUUCCCAUUGGCCACCUCGCCCGUUCCAAGGGCAGUGUGGACGCCCCUGGCCUACCGACGGACGAGAAGUCGUGGAUCAACCUCGUCGCCCGCGCGCGCGCCGCCGUGCUCGAGACGAUCAGCGCGAGGACCGGCUGUGCGCCGCUUGGGCAGUUUAUCACAAACGAGAUUGUCAACAACCCGCUGAGCUGGGAAGACAAGUUCAACCUCGACAAGGGCGCCAUCCUCGGGCUGACGCACAGCGUGCCCAACGUCCUCGCCUUCCGGCCGCGCACCCGCGCCGAGGGUAUCGAGAAUGCCUACUUUGUCGGCGCCAGCACGCACCCCGGCACGGGUGUGCCCAUUGUGCUGGCGGGGGCCAAAAUCACAGCCGAGCAGAUCCUCGACGACCGAGGCCUGCCCGUGCCGUGGGCCCACACGAAGAACUUUCCGAAGCAACAGCUGGCGGAGCGGAGGCAGAAGACCAAGGCGCUCGACCUCAUGCGGUACACGUUCCACUUUGGCUCAGAGGAAGUCGCCGUGCUGUCAUUUCUGUUUGCGGUGUACAUGAUGUACCUGUUUGUGUGGCCGAGAGUCGUGUCACUUGUUUGCUAA